CUCAUAGUUGGAAGUGGUGUGCGAAUGAGUCGUGAACGUCAAAGUUCAAACGGGGAACCUCAACCGAGUGGUUCGGCUGGCAUUCACACGAGGUCCGCGAUCCCUUGUUUAAUAUGCCAACGGAUGCCCGUCGAAUGCGAACGCCCGUAUCUUCAUAAGUGGUUCAGCGGUAUCUUUGUUUUUGUUUCACUAACCUCGGCUAGUCUUCAAUCUAGAAAAGUAUCGAUGUGAUAUUUAGGUUUUAUCACUUUUUACACGCAAUGUACAACGAAUUGGGCUUUAAGCCUGAUUUUCCCAAUCUGACCCUUUCUUUCAUCUAGCCUCUGCAAUGAGGAAGGACAGAGAAACUAUUAUGAUUGCUUUGUCUUGCUAUUGAGCAGGAGUUAUGCUGAAAAUUAAUAUCAGAUUUCAAAGGAUUACACCGAUUCAAGCUGUGUAUAAGAUAAAUAUUUCAAACUGGAAUGAUAAAAUAGUUAAUAAACAAACGAAGAUUUAUAAAUAAAAUAAUAUGUUUCGUACAAAGGUGCGUUAUCACACACUGAAAGUGGUUUUUGUGACAUCGCUAUUAUGGCUGUUUAUCGGCGCUUUAGUUCUCAUGUCAAACUCGGACUGCAUGAACAAUGCGAACAGUUGGGGAUGUGAAAUGUUGGGGAACAAAAAAGUGGCAGUCGGUUUUAUGGGGGGAAUAGUAGAAGAAUCGAAGAACGAGCCAGGGAAAAUGAGUAAAGGAAGAGGCAACUUAUUUGCGAGCAUUCUCGACCGAGGAAAAGCGAAUGAAAAAGUGACAUAUCAGGUGAACGAGCUGACCCUGUGGCAGCCUGCAGAGAGUGUACCCAGUGUACCGGGUCAACCAGGUGAACUGGGAAAAGCAGUACAUAUUCCUGCUUCGAAACAGAAACUUAUGAAAGAAAAAUUCAAGCUCAACCAGUUUAAUCUACUUGCCAGUGAUAUGAUUAGCUUUAACCGAUCCCUCACUGAUGUCAGGCAAGAUGGAUGUUUCAGUAAAGAAUAUCCAAAGUUACUUCCAACAACAAGUAUUGUUAUUGUCUUCCAUAAUGAGGCCUGGUCCACACUUUUAAGGACCGUUUGGUCUGCUAUAAAUCGCUCGCCGAAGACCCUACUCAAAGAAAUCAUCCUUGUCGAUGAUGCAAGUGACAGAGAACACCUAGGAAAGCAGCUGGAAGACUAUGUCAAAACCCUUCCAGUCCCAGUAAUAGUACUUAGGACAAAUAAAAGAUCAGGACUUAUAAGAGCGAGACUACAAGGUGCCAAAAAGGUCACCGGUCAGGUCAUCACCUUCUUAGAUGCCCAUUGUGAAUGUGCAGAAGGUUGGCUUGAACCACUAUUAUCCAGAAUUGUACAAAACAGAAAAACAGUCGUUUGCCCCAUCAUUGAUGUAAUAUCUGAUGAAACGUUUGAGUACAUCACUGCCUCAGAUAUGACCUGGGGUGGAUUUAACUGGAAACUCAAUUUCCGGUGGUACAGAGUGCCCCAGAGGGAAAUGGAGAGGAGAGAAGGUGAUAGAACCGCUCCUCUUCGUACGCCUACGAUGGCUGGUGGCCUUUUCUCAAUCGAUCGGGAUUAUUUUUAUGAACUAGGUGCUUACGAUGAGGGAAUGGACAUUUGGGGAGGUGAAAAUCUUGAGAUGUCAUUCAGAGUGUGGCAGUGUGGUGGCAUCCUAGAGAUCAUACCUUGUUCACAUGUUGGUCAUGUCUUCAGAGACAAAUCCCCUUACACUUUCCCAGGAGGGGUGACCAAUAUCGUCCUUCACAAUGCAGCUAGAGUUGCCGAAGUCUGGAUGGAUGAAUGGAGAGAUUUUUAUUACGCUAUGAAUCCAGGAGCACAAGGUGUCCAGGUAGGAAAUGUUUCGGAAAGGAAAGCCCUGAGAGAAAAAUUGGGAUGUAAAAGUUUUCGUUGGUAUCUUGAGAAUAUUUAUCCUGAAUCUCAAAUGCCUUUAGAAUAUUACUACCUUGGAGAGGUUAGGAAUCAAGAAUCUCAAAGUUGCCUUGACACUUUUGGUAGGAAAAGCGGAGAGAAUCUUGGUAUGAGUUACUGCCAUGGCCUAGGGGGAAAUCAAGUUUUUGCUUAUACCAAACGACAGCAGAUCAUGUCAGAUGACAACUGUCUAGACGUAGCCCAUCUUGAAGGUCCAGUUAAACUCGUCAGAUGCCACGGAAUGGGUGGAAACCAAGCUUGGGUGUACAGUAGAAAUGAGCGAACAAUAAAACAUCUAAAUACAGAUCAGUGUCUGCAGAAACCAGAUUCUCGUGAUCCAGGUCAGCCUCUAUUGCGUAACUGUGAUGGAUCAAAGGGCCAGAAAUGGAUAAUGAAUAGCAAGUUCAAAUGGCAAGCGAGUUAGCUAUGAGGUGGCCAAUCAGAGAAUUUCUUGCCUUUAAAUGUGAUUUAUUGAAUAAAAUGAAAUUGUCUCACAAAAUAUAUUUUGAAAAUAGGAAAUCACAAAUUCCAGUUUCCUUGGAGUAAGGCUGAAUUUAUGUUUAGUUCGACUAACUUUAUCUUAAGACAAUUUUCCCUAAUUUUCAAAUUGUUUUGCCAUAAACUAGUGGAAACAAAAAUAAAAAAUAAAUAUUUCCAAUGUUUAUAAUGUGAAACAACAUUAGCUCAUUAGCUCCAAUAUCUUGUUUAAGAGAUGUACAAGUUAUUUGUUUGAAGUACUUAAUACUUAAAAAAAUGGAUGUCUGUGGGGAAGUGAAGUCUUUCGAAAUUGAUGUAAUGUUAUUAUAUAAUGUAUAAACUUCCUAAACUUAGGAUACUAUCAAUAGACAAUCUUACCAUUUUUAAUAUCAUAAAUUGUAUAAUUUCAUAUACUGUUGAUUACUUUUAUUCUAUAAAUAUAUAUGUACAUAUAUAUUUAUUACCAAAAUUCAUAUCGAGGUGGAGGUCCAAAUGUUAGUUUUGUUUCUGUCAAUUUUUAUAUUAUCUGUGAGAGAAAGGCUACUUCAAAAUAACCAAGAAAGAACAAAUUAUUUAAAAAGCAAUUCUCUUCCAUAUAUCAUUUAUAGAUUAAUUGAAAAUUAAUUGAUUGUUCAUAUCAUUUUAUGAAUAAUAGUAAGUUGAACAAAGAAACUGCUUUAUUUUUAAAAAUUUGAACGUGCCAAAUUUUAUUUAUUGUCUCCAUUUUUUAAAUAUAUUUUUUUAAGUGAAAGAAUUUACAUUGUAUGUUUUAUUUAUUUUUUUAAUAGGUUUUCCAUGAAGAUAUGGAUGUCCAUAAUUCAACCUGUUUGUUUCUAAAAUUAUUUUUUAUUCCUAUAUGAAACAAUUGAUUUUGCCAUUUGUUAAAUGAAUAAUUGUAAUCGUUUAUUAUGUUUCUAACUUGUGCAAUAUUUAAAAGUUAUUUUUAUUGUUAUUGUUAUAAAAAUAUUUAAUUAUACUGUCCAAUUCAAAAGAUUUAGGGUAUACGUUUUUAUUAUAUUUCAUUUUAAAAACUAAAUAUCCUGUUAAAACAUUUAGUUGCAAUUUUGUCAACAUAUCAAUGGAAUUAUGUAGUUAAAAAUUAUAAAUUUAUCUUUAAAACAAUUAUAUUAGUUAAAUUGUAUUUAUCAUAAAAACGGGUUUCAGUAGUAACAAAAACAUUCCUUUAAAAGAAUAAAUGAAAAUAUUGUGCAUAUCUCCACAAUGUACAUAUCUUUAAAAUAAAAAGAACUUGUUACUUUUUCAAAA